CAAGUUCUUUAAUUCUCUUAGUAUUAUAUCGUAGUUCAAAAAUGACAAAUUUAUGCAAUGAACGCUUCUUUAAAGGCUUAAUUUCACUGGGCUUAUAAGGCACGUAAAGCGUUAAGUGGGCCAAAAAAUAAAUCGCCUUAUUAAUUAGUACUUUCACUACCAAAGUUACUACCAAGGUUGUUUAUUUUUAUAGAAAAGUUAUGUUUUCAUAUUGCAUACUUAUUAAUUAGUACUUUCACUCAUGAUUUGUUUCCAUUCUGGUUGAGGUGCUAAUGCAAUGAUUAUUACUUUGCUCAGUGCGAGAUUAAAUUGGUCAUGUUUAUGUUGUUGAUUUUGAAUUUUUGUUGCAUUAUGUUGUACAAUGAUAGUUUAUGUUAUAUAUAGAGAUAAAUAGAGGACAAAUCAAAUGCAAACCAUGGAAAGGUUAUAAACCAUAGUUUCUGUUAUAUAUAGAGAAGAUAGAGGACGAAUCAAAUUUUUAUUGGUUUGUAUGGAUUGUAACCUUUCCAUGGUUUGCAUUUGAUUUGUUUUACAAGUUAUAUGUAUUUUUACUUUCAUCUUCAAUGACACAUGACAUACUUUUGCACUUAACGAAUCAUUUUUGGUAUGGCAUUCACAGGCAUUUGACGUAUCUACCUGUUAAAAUAGAGAAAUCCUUGCCAAGGCUAAGUUUAGUUGUUGUUUUGGGAAGGUAGCUUCCUCAAUAGUGGAUGAUCAUAGAGGUAUGGAAAUUUAUAUAUAAUUCAUGCUUCAAGUAGCGUUUCUUUAACUCUUUUUCCACUUACAUAGUAAUAAUAGCUUGUGUGAUGCUAACAMUUUUCUUGGAAACUUUCAGCAAACAAUCGGGGGAACCACCUUGAUGUUAGUAGAGUGAAAAGAUGUCGAUCAUCCCGAGCUUCUUUGGUGGCCGACGAAGCAGCAUCUUCGACCCGUUUGCCAUGGAUAUCUGGGACCCUUUCAAGGACUUCCCCUUUCCAACUUCAACUGGAUCGGAUUCUUGGAGGGAAACCUCUGCUUUGGUGAACACCCGUGUGGAUUGGAAGGAAACCCCUGAAGCGCACGUUUUCAAGGCUGAUCUUCCAGGGAUCAAGAAGGAAGAAGUGAAGGUGGAGGUUGAAGACGACAGGAUCUUGCAGGUCAGCGGUGAGAGGAAUGUUGAGAAAGAAGAUAAGAAUGAUACAUGGCACAGAGUGGAACGCAGUAGUGGGAAGUUCACGAGGAGGUUC